AUGACUCAAACUCCUACUGAAGUUAUCCCAAGCUCAACUACAAUAGAACCUGAAGAAUCGAAGUAUAGAGGGCAAGUUGAAGAUAUCAAGAGGCGUUCCAAUGAUAUUUUAGAACGAAUUCAGGAUUUCGAGAACAAUAGUAAAGCUUUAAGAGAACAACAAGAAUACGAAAGAGAAAGGAAAAUGAAAGACCGCUUAAGACUUAAAAAGAGUGAUCCUUUUACACCGAGAACUUUUGAAUCACUUCACGAAGAAGAAUUAGAUCUUAGAGCACAAUUACAACGUCUUAAAAAGAAAAAUUCACGAUUAAAGAGUCAAAUGGAUGACAUGAAAAAGCUAUUAGCUGAUUCAGAGGCAAAGGAGCGGGAACUACAAGAUGAACUCGAUUUUACAUACCAAAAACGUCUUCUAUUAAGCAAAAAGCUCGAAGAUAUUUAA